CUGACAAUGGACCCACUUAAACUCAUGGCGCGUUGACAACGAGCAUGUGGAAGCCUGAUGACGCCUUCAAGAACACCCCGCAAACGCACCCAGAGAAUCGGCAAGGCAAGCGUCUUUCUUAUCAAUGCUCGCUCUUGCGACCGCGCUGUUUUACGCGUCUCUUGGCCGCGUUCCGCCCUAGCUCGUCCGGGCAAGAUAUCGUGAGCUAGAAUGCUGCUUUGGUGACCAACGACAUGACCAACAGCGCGGCUACCAACGGCAUGGCAACCAACUCAAAGCCUAUACCGGCCCUUUAUACGGUGUAUAUCCUUCGAUCCACCAUCCGCCGCGCAUCGUUCUACAUAGGCUCGACCCCGAAUCCUCCGCGGCGGCUGAAGCAGCACAACGGCCAUGCGCCGGGCGGUGCUGCCAAGACGUCGCGGGCCAAGCUUAGGCCUUGGGAGAUGAUCGGGCUUGUCUCUGGGUUUCCUAGCAUGGUUGCGGCACUCAAGUUCGAAUGGGCUCUCACCAACCCCCAUAUGACCCUCCACAUUCCGGCCGACGAGCGUAUAAGCAAAGGCAAAGGAAAGAAGCGCAACGGUAUUCCAAGGAGACCGGUGCCUUGCCUAGCCUCCAUCAUCUCGAACGUGGACAUUCUUCUCCGAGUGCCCAGCUUUGCCAGGUGGCCGUUGAAGCUACAUUGCUUUGCUCCCGAAGUCUAUAGAGCAUGGAGCAAGAAUCUCGUCUCAAGCAGUGCGGCUCCAGGGGAGGGGAAUCUUGAGGUCGUGACAGACUUUGGCCCCACGCCAGGGAGCGGGAACACAACGACGGCGACGGCAGCGAAGACGCCGAUUUUGGAAGACGACGUGACAGGGUCGGGAGAAGAAGAGGAGGCGAUAGCAAGCCCGUGGGGGAUCCACGCGCUGCCCCUCGAUUAUUCCUCGCUGAAAGCUUACGUGGCGAAGGGGCGUUCCGUAUUUGAGUUUGAGCGCGAGGGUAACUGCGUAGUUUGCAAAGAGCCACAGGAGCCCGGCAAGGGAUUACUGGCGAUCUGCACAAACGAGGGCUGCGAGGGUGUUGGGCACAUCUCUUGCUGGAGUCGGCACAUUCUCGGCACACAAGGCGAUGCCGAGGUUCUUCCAGUUCAGGGGUCGUGCCCGAGGUGCCAGGGCCCUGUCAAGUGGUGUGAUAUGAUGAAAGAGCUCACUCUACGGACCAGAGCCUCAGCGGAUGUAGAUAAGCUUCUGAAAGUCAAGCGCCGGAAAGUAAAAUCAUAGCGACUAACUUGUAUGACUUGGUAAUCUAUUGAGUUGAGAGUUCAGUCUACUUUGGAUCCCGCCCAUGGAGAGGUCGGUGACCCCUUGAAGAAAUUCGCG